ACCACCAUCCCAAAGAUGCUGGUGAACAUCCAGACUCAGAACAAAGUCAUAACCUAUGAGGACUGCAUCACACAGAUUUAUUUUUUCAUACUCUUUGCUGUGAUGGAUGUCUUCCUCCUGAGUGUGAUGGCCUAUGACAGGUUUGUGGCCAUCUGCCACCCCCUCCACUACACGAUCAUCAUGAACCCCCAGCUUUGUGGGCUGUUGGUUCUGGUGUCCUGGAUCAUGUGUGUCCUGAAUUCCCUGUUACAGAGUUUAAUGAUGUUGCGGCUCUCGUUCUGUACACAGGUAGAAAUUCCCCACUUUUUCUGUGAACUCAAUGAGAUGCUCCAGCUUGCCUGUUCUGACACCUUUCUUAAUAACGUGGUGAUGUAUCUUGCAGCUGUCCUGCUGGGUGGUGGUCCUUUUGCUGGGAUCCUUUACUCUUAUUCCAAGAUAGUGUCCUCUAUACGUGGGAUUGCAUCAGCUAAGGGCAAGUUCAAAACGUUUUCCACCUGUGCGUCUCACCUGUCGGUCGUGUGUUUAUUUUACUGUACGAUGCUUGGUGUGUACCUCAGCUCUGCUGCUACCCAGAGCUCCCACUCAAGUGCCACAGCCUCGGUGAUGUACACGGUGGUCACGCCCAUGCUGAACCCCUUCAUCUACAGCCUGAGGAACAGAGACAUAAAGAGUGCUCUGAAAAGAAUUGUUGGGGUUCAAGUGAUGUAA